GGUUAUAUCCGGUAAGAUAAGUAAAACACUGUCAGCCGUACUUACCAUUUAUUUCUUUAUAUAAACUACGCUGCAUGCGUUUAUUUAAUUUAAAUAUGUUUAGUUGAAGGUGUAUGUGCAUUUCCUAAAUCUCUAUAUUAUUGACCGGUUAAGUAUUAAACACUCGUAUUUCAGUAAGGUGUGUGUUACUGUGUGGGAUUAGACCGGACGUACAACUUAAAUGCUGUUGCAAGAUUAUACAGUUUUUUUGUCGUCGUCGUAAUUAUGGAUACGAAUUCCGAUUUGGACAUUACUAUGAGAAGUGUGAUGAUGUCACACCAAGGCAUUGUUAACGUAAUGUUUCCUAAGCCAGAAUCUAAACCAGGUCCAAGUGGUGUUCAGGAGCCCAAACGUUUCGUUAAAACAAUGGAUUUUGAUGUGGAGAAUACCGAUUACACCGUGGCCGAGUUCUACGAGCGCUUCGUUCAUGAGCUGCCACAGGUGGUCAUGAUUAGUCAGGGAUUCUUCGGAGACAUCGUGGAGGACACUUUCGAUAGAGAGAUGAUAAUCCGUAUCCAAACGGUAUCCAGGCAACGACGCGUGGUCGCUAGGGCCGAUAUGGGAGAUCAUUCUAAACUUAUUAGCAUACCGCUGACCUACCCUGAGAAAGUCUGCGUCGUGAAGAAAAACAAAUUGAGCAAGGACCAGACGAUAAAAGAGGUCCUAGACGGAUAUAGCCUACCGUGUAACGUGCAGUUUCCCAAGGACAGAACCAUCAGCGUGGGAGGUCAGACCAUAAACACGAACCACAUCCCAAAACUGCAGCUUCAGAAAUCUUUCGAUGAGAUGUACCUCCUGGGAAAUUUCAUUAUGGACGGUGUUAUGGGACCGGAAGUGGUGCACGUACCACUGUAUCUGUCUCAAUUGCGCAUGACCCGCGUAACUGGCCUCAAGAACACAACUCAACAGAAAUGGCGAGGUUACCUGGAGGAGUUGGCGCGUUUUAGUUCUUACUUGAAUUAUGAACAAGAGUACGGGAAUCAAGGCAUUGCCCAAUACGACGCAACAGCGGUGCAUUCAGACACCGUUUACUCCUACGUGGAACCAAGACUUUACUCAAACAUCGCUUCGGUGUUCCAACAUCGUCGCUUGAACCCCAUUGACAACUCAAGCAACAUACAUAAAGACGAGGCCCAACAUGAAGAUAUCAAGUACGAAGAAAUUGGAAUGAAACGCGAGUCCGGGUUAUAUCACGAAAUCGCAGAUCAUCACCAGCCAAGAUUGGCAACGUUUGGAAUUCGUGAUGCCCAUGACAUGUCUCUACAAUCACACAAAGCGCUGGAAGUGCAGCCACAGAAACCUGCUAAUGUAACUCAAGUUCAUAAUCAGAACAAAGACCUAGUAGCAUCGGUAACUGCACAGUCUCUCGGGCAAGCACAUGAAAACCUUAAAUCAACGGGACCAGAAGCCCGUGCAUCUCAGCAACCAAAUAAAAGUCCGGCUCCGGUCCCAACCGUUAGGGUCCAAUCGCCUGUCGGGAUCAAGCCCCGUCGGUCGCCACCGGAGAUUCCAAAGACACAGGAAAGCCCUCAUUUGCCCGAGCGCCUACCGAGGACUCCCUUGCAGACGCUGGCAUCUACAGAACACAAGUUGGCCAUCUCCUCAAAUGACCUUCCGAGGACUAGCAUUCUUCCUUUCCGACGUGAACCGAAGGACGCCAAGGAACGCAAGCAAAUAUGUUCUUCAAAACCAGGUCAGCAAAGCCACACUCUUCAUUUGACUGAAACGUCUGGCCGCGUAAAAGAACAUUUACCAACAGUUUAUGACAGCAUUGAUGUGAAGAAACUGUCAAUUAACGACGUGUGUGGUUAUCUUAAAGUACUGCGGCUGGAAAAAUACGAGUCGAUAUUUCGAGAGGACAUGAUUGACGGCGCGCUCUUGGCUGAACUGUCUAAAGACAAUUUUGAAAAAGAAUUUGGUAUGACGGUACUUGAAGCUGUGAGAAUUUUAAAGUUUGCAAAAGAAGGGCAUUUGCCGAGGUAGACAAUUACAGUUACAAUUUGUGUGUCGCUUGUAAAACCAAGAAACACAUAAAACCAUGUAAGGUUGUUACUAUUCGUUAUGAAAUUUACAGCAAACUUGUAUGUAGGAGUUGCGACCGUUUUCUUUGAUAGAACUUAUAAAACGAUACAGGAAAACUAUUACUUUAAAAUGUAAAAGAUGGAACUGUGCUCGUUUGCUUUUUAAAUUUUGUCGUACCAUAAUGUCCGUUAUAAAUAAUAUUACAAUACUGUUUUGUUUACGAUUGGCGUAUUUAGUUUAGACCCUGUAAAAGUCGUUUAAUCCAACAUAUUGUUUUUGUACAUGUUGCGUAUUAUACCAUUUAAUGGCAUAACUGUUAUAAUUGUCUACUUUACUAUUGCGAAUGUAAUGAAUUAAUUAACCAAACUUUCAAUGCAAAUCAAAAUGUAUUAGAACGUCCGAAACUUCAUGUGUACACAAAAACAAGGCAAGCCUCGCGCUACAUCGGUUCUAAGCCUCGCACGAUAAACUUGCUCUUUAUCCAAACUCACAUAAUUUUCUCUAUAUGUAUUCACCAAAGCAAAACAACUAUUUUAUUAGGCAUUUCGUACUUUCAAUGGUUCGAUUAUCGUGUUGAGAAACAAGAAGAAGAUAUUCGUCAAAUUGUCCUAGAACUACAAUUUUAGACACGGAACACGCUGCCACGUUUAUAACUGCACAAUACGAGGAUACAUCCACAGCGCUGAAAGAGGUCACAAAGCGGAUAAAAACUUUCAAUGAUGUAUGUAACUCACUUGACACUAAGGUGAAAACAUUAAGCAAUGAGAAAUCCAAGACAGAGAACAAGCUCAUAGACCUCGAACUGAAAACCAUGAAAGAUAAUCUGGUAUUUAAUGGCCUCCCGGAAGCAUUGCCAGGUACGCGCGAGAACUGCAAAACAACGGUGCUCAACGCCCAACGCAGCAAAGCCGCGGAGGGGAACCACGUCCGGUUAUUGUAAAAUUUCAUUAUAAUAAACAAAGGGAGAUGGUCCGGAAAUUAUCUUUUGAGGGUCGAAAAGCAACAAACCCUGAAGCAACAGAACAUCGGCAUUGGUGUGCAGCUACCGAAGGAAGUUCGAGAAGCCCGAAAGCCGCUGUAUGACGUCAUGCGCCAAGCAAAAAACUCCAGAAAAGACGCGAGGUUCGUUGGGAAAGAUCUACAGAUAAAUGGCCAGAUCUACAAAGCUGGAAACCAGGAGCGAUCGGCUAACCAAUAGGAGGGUCAAGAUCAGUCCCUUAACAUCGCUGCAUGGAACGUGAAUGGUCUAAAACGGAAGUUAGGGGACGAGGAGUUUAUUAAUUACAUAAACUCGUUUGAUAUUGUGUUCCUAUGUGAAACCUGGAUAGGAAGUGACGCUUGCCUAAAUUUAGAUAUCCAUGGCUAUACAAGUGAACAUAUCUUUGGACAAAAAUCAAAGCAGAAAAGGUUAGGAAGAUGUAGUGGAUGUAUUCCUCUUUACUAUAAAAACUAUCUUAAAGAUAAAAUUCGUAUUGUUGAAAAAAAUAUAAAUGGAUUGCUCUGGAUCAAAUUAGAUAAAAAUGUUUUUUUUUAUCACAACACAGAUGUAUAUUUGGGCCAUGUAUAUAGGUCACCAAAUGUAGAAAAAUGUUUUCGAGCAGAAACCGAUGACUUCGAUUUUUUUGAAUAUUUAAAAUCUUUUAUUUUAAAGUAUGAUAAUUUAGGAUAUGUAUUUAUCACAGGCGACAUGAACAGUAGAACAUCUAAUGAAUGUGAUUAUAUUUUGUUCGACAAAUAUCUAGAUGAGAACCA